GUGCGUGUCGAUGCGUAACGCGUCGCUAUUAUAUUUCGCCUUCGAAAAUUAGUCGUUGUGACAAAAGGUAAUACGCUAUUAGCGUCAUAUCUGCAUCUGAACGUUCCCCAUAAACCCGGGAAAUACUAGCACAUCCUGUAUACAUAAACGCGCGCUCGUGUAAAAAAUCGUUCAAUAGACAGCGUACCAUCGAAUAGCAACGACACGUCGUCAUGUCACGGUUCCAUAUAUUUCUGGUGAAUGUACUUGUCAUUGCAAUGACGAUAAGCGUCGCGAUCACUUCGGAAAGGGUGAAUCGCGGAUUUAAUCAGAUUGAAAGACCGAUUAUAAUUCGAGUGAGUGACCUGGUUUCCACUCGAAAUCGGAAGGUGGUACCGCUUACCGAUUUGUCGUCUAUAUUCUGUUUGAAAUUAAACAAGUACAAAGUGCAGUAUCAGAAGCUAGACAGGAUCGUUCCUACUACCGCUGCUCCAACCACAGCUCCAGCUUGCAUCUGUGUACCUUUCUAUCUAUGCGACAGUAAUCAGACUAUCAUCACUGAUGGGUCCGGUGUAAUCGACGUACGUAUAGCACGCAAUACUACACGAACAUGUCCUGGGCUCUUCGAUGUCUGCUGUUAUCCGCGAAAUGUCACAGUAACUCCUACGAGACCUACAUAUCCAACGCUGCCUACAUUUACAUUUCCAACAAUACCAACAACACGUCCAACUACAGCACCUCCAACUACAGCACCUCCAACUACAGCACCACUUCCGAACUGCAUUUGCGUGGAGAUAUCGCAAUGCGAUCCUAACGGAAUAGUCACCAUCUCCGGCGAGGGUGUAAUAAAUCCACGGUACGGACUGUGUCCUGGCACUCUGGUCUGUUGUCGAAUAUUGGCGACGCAGACACCAACAACGAUACCAACGACGAUACCGACGAUACCAACGACGAUACCAACGAGCCCUCCGACCACGGCACCAACCACCACGGCAUCACCCACCACGGUCACCACCGCAUUACCUGGACAGGUGCAACUAUGCUUCGUAUGCGGCAUUAUCACUCUGUGUUUAAGUUGCACGCUAAUUAGCAUUCCUGGCGGUGGUAGCGUGAUAGAUCCCAGAUUCUCUGAUAUCUUAUCAGAGGGAGAUGUCUGCACGGCGAGGAACAUACCGUCCUGUCAAAGCAUGUCAUCAAGAGGCACGACUACGGACCUCGACCCGCCGAAGAACCCGGGUACAUCGCAGGAAUGUUACUGCGUGAAGACCUGGCUGUGCUCUGAGGGAAACGUGAUCUAUCCAGAUGGUCUCGGUAUAAUUGAUUCGAGAUUCACGUUGUGCUCGUCGGCGGACCAAGUCUGUUGUCGGCUCGAAGGGAUCAAUGUCGACAUCUCAGUGUCCUCCAGAGAUCUCGUUCCAAACGAACCAAACAAAUACUUGUCUCAGGACACCACUUGUGGCAUACAGAACAAUAAUUACGCACCGCCGCAACCUUUUCCCCCCGGCUCUGAGAAAACUUAUUUCGCUGAAUUCCCUUGGAUGGUCGCACUUCUAAAAUCCACAACUGCUGGUUAUGUUUUUCAGUGCGGUGCUUCAUUAAUUAGUAACGAAGCCAUUCUCACUGCUGCCCAUUGCGUUGUGAACCAAAAGCCCGAAAAUUUAAUUGCACGCUUUGGACUGUGGAAGCUAGGAAAUACUACUCAACCGUUACCUAUUCAAGAAGCGAAAAUCUUGGCAAUAGUUGUGCAUCCGUCGUACUAUAGCAGUGGGCUUUUUCACGAUGUGGCUUUCCUCGUUUUAGCAAAACCGGUCACUUACAGUGCGAACGUUUUACCGAUUUGCCUUCCUGAACAAGGGGCAGUCUUCUCAGCUGGGACCAGAUGUUACGGAAUAGGAUGGGGCAGCGAUGCUUUUGGCCCGGAAGGACAUUAUCAAACCGAGCUUCGAAAAUUGAAUCUUCCUAUUGUCGGUCGAGAGGAUUGUCAGACGCGUUUACGAAACACGAAAUUGGGCCAGUACUUUCAACUACAUGGAACGUUUAUUUGCGCCGGCGGUGAAGCGAAUACAGACACAUGUCGUGGUGACGGCGGUGGGCCGUUGAUUUGUCAAGUCAAGGGACAGUUUGUUCAGGCUGGCAUAGUAUCAUGGGGUAUUGGUUGCAAAACUUCUAAUGUGCCUGCAGUGUACGCUAGCGUAUCGCAACAUCGCCAAUGGAUAAAUCAACAGUUUGCGACGUAUGGCGUAUAAUGAUGUGUAUUGUAUGUAAUUUGUUAUUUCUUCAUCUGCGAUGUGUUGUUUAUAUACAUUAACAUCAUUCACAUAACUUAUGACAAUUAUAGUACUAAAAUGAUGAUGAUAUUUCAACUUAUAUACUUUGUAUUAUUUAUUUGAGUUUUCACGAACAAUCUAUAUUUAUGCAUUGAGUCUUCUAAUCAUACAGCGAAUAAUGUAAUACGAUAUAAAUUCAUUCUCCGAGAGCAAAUAUAUUUGUUUCAACUAUUAUCAGUUGUAUAACAUACAAACAUUAUCACAGUACGAUGAGCGUGGAAAAGACUGAGGUCAAGCACAUCAUUAUGUUCUAGUUUCGAUAUGAAUAUUUAUUUGAAUAUGUAUUUUGAAUAAUAAGACAUUCGAAAACUGUUAUUUAUAAUAAAGUUGAGUACGAUUGAAUGA